GAAGGCGAGGAGCGCGGCCUGGCCGGGUUUGAAUCCCGCGGCCGGCGGAUGGCGGUUGGUGCUGGUGCGGCCGCGGGGAGAGCGGGAGCGAGCCCGGAACGGCCGAGGGCACGGCCCGAAAGGAUUCAGCUGCUAGAUCUGACCGAGUACUGGCAGUGAGGCUGGGGAGCAGGAGGAAUGACUCCAGCCAUGGAAGAAGAUGUCUGCAGCCACGUCAAAGUGGUGGUCCGUGUCCGGCCAGAGAGCCAGAAAGAAAAGCAGGGCAGCUUCAGCAGGGUGGUGCGUGUCAUUGACCAGCACGUGAUGGUCUUUGACCCAGAGGAGGAGGAGGUUGACUUCUUCAGCAGGAGGAGAGUGGUCCAUAGGGAUAUUAAUAAAAGACAAAGGAAAGACCUGAAGUUCAUGUUUGAUGCCAUUUUUGAUGACAGCUCAUCCCAGUUGGAAGUUUUUGAGCAUACUACCAAAAAUCUAAUUGAGGGCUUCCUAAAUGGAUAUAACUGUACAGUGCUUGCAUAUGGUGCAACAGGAGCUGGAAAGACUCACACAAUGUUAGGUUCUCCUGAAGAUCCUGGAGUCAUGUAUUUAACUAUGGUCACACUUUAUAAACGCAUGGAUCAAAUAAAAGAUGAUAAAACAUGUGACGUUGCUGUCUCUUAUUUAGAGGUUUACAAUGAACAGAUUCGUGAUCUCCUGGUCAACUCUGGACCUCUGGCUGUUCGUGAGGAUGGCCAGCAAGGGGUGGUAGUUCAAGGUCUGACACUGCAUCAGCCUAAAUCAGCAGAGGAGAUCCUUCAGAUGCUGGAUUAUGGAAACAAAAAUAGAACCCAGCAUCCCACAGAUGUGAAUGCCUCCUCUUCCCGGUCCCAUGCUGUCUUUCAGAUUUACCUUCGGCAGCAAGACAAAACAGCUAGCAUUAAUCAAAACAUCCGUAUUGCCAAAAUGUCUCUCAUUGACCUGGCAGGGUCUGAACGUGCCAAUGCAACCAGUGCCAAGGGGGCUCGUUUUGUGGAAGGAACAAAUAUUAACCGGUCCCUGCUGGCUCUUGGAAAUGUCAUUAAUGCCCUGGCAGAUCCAAAGAGCAAGAAACACAUUCCUUAUCGAAACAGCAAACUUACUCGUUUAUUGAAGGAUUCUCUUGGAGGAAACUGCAGAACAAUAAUGAUAGCUGCUAUUAGCCCAUCUUCUUUGUUUUAUGAUGAUACCUAUAAUACUCUGAAGUAUGCAAACCGAGCAAAGGAUAUCAAGUCUUCUUUGAAGAGCAACGUUAUUAGUUUGGACAGUCACAUAAGCCAGUAUGCUAAAAUUUGCAAGGAACAAAAGAAAGAGAUCCUAAUGCUGAAGGAGAAACUGAGAGAAUACGAAGAAAAGCAAGCAAGCAUUCCUGAAAAUCAUAAUACUGCAGAACAUUCAAACAACCAGCGAAUGGAAAUAGAAAGGUACAAAGAAAUACUUAAAAAUGUUUUUGCAAACCGUGAGGAAAUCAGAAAAGAGUACCUCAGUGUGGAAAAGAAACUGAAAGAAAAUAUACUAAAGAAAUAUUACCAGAAUCAGUGUCAUGAACAAAUUCAACUGAUGUGCUCUGAAGAAAGAGUAGAAAAGGCCGCUUGCAAGCGGGAUCUAAGGCUUUCAGCACUUAACAGCCACUAUGUACUCAUGCAGAAGAAGAAAGAAGAGCAGACCAAUCUUUUUGAGGAAAACACCAAAUGGCUGCACCGUGUUGAAAAUGAAAUGCACCUCCUGGGUCAAGAUGGGUGCAUCCCAAAAGAACUUUAUCAAGAUCUGCAAUAUUGCCAUUUAAACCUAGAAGUUCAGGCCCUUAAAGCCCAGAUUGAGCACAUGUUGACUCUGGUGUCCCUUCAAGAUCAGUAUAAUAAGCAAACAGAAAAAGUACUAAAUACUGCACUUCCAGUGCUUCGCAAGCAAUAUCUGAUGUUGAAAGAAGCUGGCUUGACAAAUGACUUAAGUGAGACUGAAUAUGCAGAGGUUGAGCAGCUGAUUCAAAGACAAAAAUCUGUAGCUUGGGCUGACCAGGCUGAAGAAAAGAAUCAAAAUCAAAACCAUGGAGUAGAAAUGUCAGCUAUCUUUUCCUUCCCACAGCUUGUGAGCAGACCAAACACCCCAUGCAGCACCUCUUUUGGUACACCAUCACAAGAACGGAAUGACAAUACACAGGUGUUAGUAUACACAGAACAACCACAGAAGAGAACCAGGAGGAAGCUGAUGGACUCUCCAGUGGUAGCUCCAAGUCCACCUCCCUCCAGCCACAGCAGCUUGCAGCACCUGGAGGAUUCUCUUGCCAAGGAGGUCUACCCUCUAGUCUAUACUCCAGACUCGUGCAGAAAGGCUGUGCAGAGCUGCUCUGCUCAGGCUGUGGUGGAGGAGGCUUUGCACCUGGCAGGCCUGGGGGCAGUCAGUGCUUGCAGUACAUAUGUGCCAGCCAGGAGGGGCAGCAUUAUGGACACCACGUGUGAUGUGAUCCCCGAGAGCCACGAGGCUGUCAUGAACUCCACUAUCAUUCUCUAUGAAGGUACAGAUGAAACAUCUGAAAUGUCUGCUUAUGCAACUGGGAAGGAGUCACAGCCAUGCAGCAACAGCAUUGUGCAAAGACUUGAUCUUUCUUCCUUAAGAAACAAAAAUUCUGCUCCAGUAUUUGAGAAGCCUUCAUAUAUGGCAAUGACUUCGGCUGCUCAGAGAAAAAGAAAGAUAUUAAGCUCCACCUCGAACACGAACACGAUGCUGGGCAGCCUGCAAGACCCGGUUUCUGCCAAGCGCUCUCGGCAGGACGUGCCGUUAAGCCACGCAGUCCUGCGAGUUCCCCAGGUGGCUGGAAUUAAAAUGAAGACCAGGAAGCAAGAACAGAAUAUGCCAAGGAACUUCGUUAGAAGCCUUUCUCAAGGAAGAGUCGCACUGGAUGUUAAAUCAAGGACAUCAAAAAAUCUUUUACUUUGUGUUUCCAAGAAAAAAAAUAUGAUUUAGUUCUGUGUUCACCCCUAUUUCAAGCAGGAUUGAUGGAUAGCAAAUGUGAAUAGAGUGAAUUGUGAUUUCCUCUUGUAGAUAGUUUUGAGAGUUUCGGGAUGGAAAUCUUAACAAAAAUUAUUUUGACCCUCUAAAUUAUUUUCAUUGGACUAGCUUCCUUUUGUUAAAAUAGAUUUUCAUUUGGAAGCAAGUUAGGCAGAUGCUAAUACUAGAACAUGUUCAUGUUUAGCACUACAAUGCCUUAGAUGUUCUUAGAUUGUUAGCAUCUAUGGAUGACAUACAGAGUUCCAAGAGACAGAAAAAUAUUUCCAAAAGGGUUGUUUUCAUUUUUUCUGUCUUUCUGGUUUUUAGUCUGUUACUUGGUUGUAAAUGUUCCUGCUCUGUUUUUUCAAUUUAAUUCAUCUUUAAAUAUGUUUCUAUUAAUUACUUCAAAUAAAGUCUAAUACUAUUAAGAGCAA